AUGGAUGUAAUCAGGUUUGGCCAUGUAGGAGAAGAUGAAGGCUUAGAGAUGAGGGUCUGUGAUGGCGAGUGGAGAUUGAUCGAUAACGAUCGGCAAGGUGUGACGAGGUGGUUGGCUGGUUUCGUUGAUGGAACUCUUCAAAUUCUGGAGUCACUUUUAUUUUCCAAAGACGUGAAAUCGUUGGUGGAAGUGAGAUCGGCAUUGACAGAGUUCAUGAGAGAUGAAUCGAUCCAAAUCCUUCAAGAAAUUUCACAAAAAUCUGUGGACUAUAAGCUUCUAUGUACUGAUUUUCUGAUUCGUGUUUUCGCGCUUAUUGGUGAUGUUCAGAGUUGCUUGUCCUUGAGAUAUGAAGCAUUGGUUAUGCGAGAACAAAAGACCACCACAGAUCCCAGGCUCCAAGUUUCAUGCGCUGAAUGGCUCAUCUUUGCCGAGAAUUUGCUUGAUCACAACUUUUACUCCAUUGCAAACAAUGGUUGUUGUUAG